AAAAGUGAGAGUGGGUUAUGAUUAUUCCAGUCGAGAAGAAGUACGUCCACCAUCGACAAGAGACCGUCCGACAAGAGACCGUCUUCUUCGUCGGCCGUCGUCAAGUUGCCAAGACUGGGAUCUUCCCACGCCCAGCUGGAGAAAAGACCUGCCAGUGCGACCAACCCCGCCUGCACAAUCCUGGAUAUUUCUUCGCCGAAGGAGCGGCGCAGUGCGAAAACCCCGAGAAACGGAAUGAAACCCGCGCUCAAGGAUAAAGUCCGCCCAGAUCAAGAGGAUCCGGAGAAAAUAAUCGAGAGCGACCUGAAUCAUCUCUCGCCCAGCUGCGCGAAAACAAAGGUGAAUACGACAGCGUCAGACUACAGGAGGGCGACAGAGAAGUUGUCCAGCCACUCUGGCGAUGUUCUAGAAGCUUCUAGAAGGUGGAGAGCCAUGUACCACGAGUUUCGAGAGAAGAACAGAGCUAAAUGGGAGGCAGAGGAAAUGACAUCUCUGGAACAUCUUCCCAACAAAGAGGAAGAAGGAGAGACGAAAACGGCUGCCACAGAGAAGGACAAAACAGCUGGAGCGACCUCCAGCGCUGAUGACUGCUUCAUCUCCAACAAGCCACGCCUGCCGUGCAGAUCAUGAAGUCAAUGACAUCAUCAACAAAGCAGUUAUCUUCAAAUCACAUGUUUUCAUUAAAUUACUCAGAAACUUCUCGACUUAGAAAAAUGUAAUGCCUUGAUAAAAAAAUGUUCAGUGAAGUAACAAA